CUCGCCGCGCAGGAGGGCUCUCCGCAGGGAGUGCUGCCCAGCCCUCGCCCCGGGGACUCCGCGCUCGGCUCUGCAGCCACGGGUCCAGGAUGCCAGCCGUCCAGCUGCUGCUUCUGGCCUGCCUGCUGUGGGGUGUGGCGACCAGGCCAGCCGAGCUCCGGAAGGCCGACGACCGGAGCGGCCGGUGCCAUUACACCUUCAGUGUGGCCAGCCCCGAGGAGUCCAGCUGCCCCGAGCAGGGCCAGGCCAUGCCAGCCAUCCAGGACCUGCAGCGGGACCACAGCGCCCAGCGUGCCGACCUGGAGAGCCUCAAGGCCAGGCUCAGCUCCCUGGAGGGCCUCGUGCACCAGCUGACCUCGGCCCAGGCCGCCGGGCCCUCGGGGGCCCUGGAGGGGCCGCCGGUGGAGCUGAGCACCCUGAGGAGGGAGCGGGAGCAGCUGGAAGCCCAGACCAGAGAGCUGGAGGCAGCCUACAGCAACCUCCUCCGGGACAAGUCGGUGCUGGAGGAAGAGAAGAGGCAGCUGAGGGAGGAGAAUGAGGACCUGGCCCGGAGGCUGGAAAGCAGCAGCCAGGAGAUGGAAAGGCUGAGGAGGGGCCAGUGUCCCCCAGCCCGCAGCCCCCCUCAGGAAGUGCCGCCAGGCUCCCAGGCAGUUCCUGGGUGGAAUUUGCAGAACCUAGACUUCCAGGAACUGCAGUCGGAGUUCACGGAGGUCCCUGCUGCCCGAAUCUUGAAGGAGAGCCCACCUGGCCAUCCUGGGAGUGAAGAAGGGGACACAGGAUGCGGAGAACUGGUCUGGGUGGGCGAGCCAGUCACUCUGAGAACAGCUGAAACCAUCACGGGCAAGUAUGGCGUGUGGAUGAGAGACCCCAAGCCCGUGCACCCCUACACCCGGGAGACCACCUGGCGCAUCGACACAGUGGGCACGGGCGUCCGCCAGGUGUUUGAGUAUAGCCUGGCCAGCCAGUUCGCGCAGGGCUACCCUUCCAAGGUCCACGUGCUGCCCAGGCCACUGGAGAGCACAGGCGCCGUGGUCUAUGCGGGGAGCCUCUACUUCCAGCGGGCGGAGUCCAGGGCGGUGAUCCGGUACGAGCUGAGCACCGAGACCGUCAAGGCUGAGAAGGACAUCCCCGGAGCCGGCUACCACGGCCAGUUCCCGUACUCCUGGGGCGGCUACACUGACAUCGACCUGGCCGUGGACGAGUCGGGCCUCUGGGUCAUCUACAGCACCGAGGCGGCCAAGGGGGCCAUCGUCCUGUCCAGGCUGAACCCCGAGAGCCUGGAAUGUGAGCAGACCUGGGAGACCAACAUCCGGAAGCAGUCGGUCGCCAACGCCUUCGUCAUCUGCGGCACCUUGUACACCGUCAGCAGCUACUCAUUGCCCGAUGCCACCGUCAACUUUGCGUUCGACACGGGCACGGGAAGCAGCAAGGCCCUGGCCGUGCCAUUCAAGAACCGCUACAAGUACAACAGCAUGAUCGACUACAACCCCCUGGAGAAGCAGCUCUUCGCCUGGGACAACUUCAACAUGGUCACCUACGACACCAGGCUCUCCACAAUGUGAAACGCCACCUGAGAUGGCAGAAACGGCAGGAGGAAGAGGUGUUCAGGGCUCCCAGGGGGCCGGCCGGCCAGCUGAGGCCCACACAGCUUCCCUCUGCUUUCCAUGCUCUCGUUAAUCCGGCGGAAGGUGCGGCAUCACCGUGUCUGACGCUGCGGCGACCGCGCUCUGGGCACUUAAGAGUCUCACAGCAGCUAGGCUUUCCUUCCGGCAGCUUUUAAAGGGAUGUUUAGCAAAAAUAGUUUAAGUUUUCUGGUGAUCUGGGGCAAAAGCUAUAAUGCGUAGUCAUUCCUUCAUGGAGACCACAAGGCUUUUUAUAAAGGGCCUUCGCUGGCUGAAGAGGGUGUUCGGAGAGGGGCGCAGGGGAGCAGGCUGGGCCCCAGGGGAAGCCGGGCCACCCGCUGUGCUUUCACGCGGCCGGCCAGUUGGCCGGCCGGUCAGCAGGGCCCGCGACAGGAAGUGGCCCUCGUGCGGGGAGAGGCGAGCUUGGGCCCGCACUCAGCUUCUUUAAGAUGCACUGACAAUAGUUGGCUUCUCAUGCUUCAGGGAAAGCCCAGGUGGGUAUUCUGUAACCUUUGCCUGUGCAAUAAAGUGAUCAUGCGCACCA